AUGUCCCAUGACGUCUCUUCAAGGUCAAAUCUACCGGCUCAGGGGAUCCAAUCCAGGUCGGUCCUGCCAGCGCGGGGCCAAAGAUCGAGGGAUGGACAUGAGAGAAAACGAUCGAGGUUGAGCCUGGACACAAAUACCCCGCUUGACUCGGUCGACUACUGGAUCGACUUUGACAAUGAUGACAGCCUUGCCAGCAUACCCGAGGCAUUUGAACCUCGGAGCACGGCCAAGGUCAAAAAGAACAAAGCUCCCAUGCGCCGGCCUACCAAUCUCGCCCCUUCCAUUUCCACAGCGAGAUCCGACGAAAUAGUUGACGACAGUGCGCUUGACAACGCGUUAUCGGAUGAGGAUGGCUUCUCAUCCGUCAAUCUCACUGACCAACUGUCCCAGAUCAAUACGUUACCACCCCUAGAAGUGCCGCCGCGGGAGGGUUUGUAUUCGACGCCCCUGAGUUGGGAACGGCCGCAGCCGGGAAUACAUAUGGACUCGCCAACCGGCCCGGGUUUGUCGCAGAAAGAAGCGGAACAAAGAAGAUUGAUUGCUAUUGCCAUGAACCCGAGGUCGACUAUGGGGGGUCUUGGGUUGGGCGCCGGCUUCGACUUUGGUGGGAUGGGCGCUGGUAUGCCCAUGGCGUUUGGGGCUGGAUUCGAAAUCCCGAGCAUAAGUCAUGACCCGAGACCGGUAUCUCCACCGCACCUUUCCGGAACGCAAGGCCGUCCAGGGCCGUCAAGUUUGCCAAAGAAGCGAGGGGGCGUGGGCGAAAAGGGCGAAAAGGCCAAGGAGAAGCCGAAAACGGGCGAAAGGGCGGCUCACAAUGACAUUGAGCGAAAAUAUCGAACGAACUUGAAGGAUAAGAUCUCAGAGCUAAGGGAUGCGGUCCCGGCCCUCCGGACAAUAUUGGAAGAAGGUGACGAGGAUGGAGAGACACAGCCAUCGAGAGCGGCAAAAAUCAGCAAGGGCACUGUCUUCACUAAAGCAAUCGAAUACAUUCACUUCCUCGAACGACAGAACAAGCAAAUCACCCAAGAGCACCGAAAUCUCUCGAGGCGACUGCAGGCCUUUGAACAACUUCUGACCGUGACGGCCCAACAAACAUACGGCAUGCCAGCUUACACCAGCGCCCUUUUCGAUCCAAGAGGGUUCUGUUAG